AACCACCAAAGCUCCACCUGCUGGUGAAGCUGCAGAAAGGCUGUUAAAUGAACCACUGAGGUGGGAUUAUUCCCUGCCUCCAAAUCCUUUGCAAACACUAGAUUACCAUAUUUACACAUUACAAUAAUUGUGGAAAGGUUUUGGCUUUUUUAAAAUCCGGGGUCUUACCAUAGAUUUUACUGUUUAUUAGAAAUUUAUGUCAGAACGCUUAUGAAUGUUAGCAUAACCAGUCAGACAGCAACACAGAUGAGGUCUGCUGUUAUGUUUACACAUUGCCAUACAGCUAUUUCAUCUCCAUGGUUACUAACAACACCGGCUAGUCUGAAGAAUCGCUCAAUACUUGACUACCACUGCGGCAAAGGAUGCGAUGCAGUUGCCCAAAACCUGUCAGUGACCCACCCACCUAUUGUAUCAGAGCUGCGGGAGUUCUGAGGAAGGAAGCAAGGUGGUACAGAUAAUGUUACUCUGAUAAAAAAAAAAAUGUUAUUCAGUCCCAGACAGAAUACCCAGCACAAUGUGAGUACUGUGGGGAAAAGGCUCAUCCUCUACUUGUUCUAACAUGGGUACAUAAUCCUGAGACCCACUUCUGUUGUGCUCAGCGGCAGCAGCUAUGUCAAAUCCUGGUGAAGCAGAGACUUUUGUUUGAGGAGCGAUCUAACCUAACCUUUGGUAAUCUAACUUCAAAAGACCAGAUGGAAAUUCUGUAUCACAAAUCCAGAGAGAGUGAAGCUUACCACAAGUUUAUGAAAGGCUUUCUGAGAAAACCUAGAAUACAAUCAAGAGAAUCUACAAUCUACGGUGGUUACCCAGUUAAUCUGCUUGCAGGGAAGACCUCUUUCUCUGCACCAGGGGUCUUCAGGUUAAGACUCUCACAUGCUCCAGGAAAGGGGACAACGUAUUGCAGUAGCACAAGUGAAAAAUGCUUAAAAAUGGAAGAGGAGGAGGUGUUGCUCCCUUUUUAUGAUUGGAAACCAGUUCAGUUUGGCAUAUGUAAUCAUCAGGUGGGGUCUGGAGUUUUACAGAAAUUUUAUUCCAGUGGCAUCACAUUCCUUACCAUGUUCCCUGGUGGCUCUGCUCAGGUCUUUUAUCCCUCUGGCCUCUUGGCUGUACUUAUCGUCGUCACUGAACACAAUGGAAGAGUUUGUAUAGUGUAUGACGACGUAUGUGCCCCUAAUCAACAAAUCAGAGCUAUAUUCCAGUCUGAUGGCAGAGCGACAUGCUAUCACACCAAUGGAAACAUAUGGCUGUCCUUAAACAUGUCUGGUGGCCGAUGCUUAAACAAUGCAGGCAAUGUAACUUGUAAGUGGAGCUGGGGUACUCCCACGCCCCUGCAGCCCAUCUUUCUGUCCCUCAACAAAACUGUUGGAGUUCGAGUCCUGGGGAACAAACAAGUGUUUGUUUCCUUCUUGGCAGGCAGGCAACAGGCUAAGUUCAGUGUGGGUACCUGCUGCGCUCAGGGUGAAUACGUGCAUACUUCAGGUUCAUCGCUCUCUAAAGACGAGCUGCUGGCAUUGGCAGCCAAAAUCAGGAUCCACGCAGCAAUUCAGCAUCUUCACCAGUACCUGACGACGCCCUUACAUCCCCAAAAACUUAAGACUACACCAGCCCAUCACUUACAGGUUACUGCUCAAAGGCUCCUGAAAGUCAGUGAUGAUGUAAUGAUGAAUGACAGUGACAAAGCCUUCAUCCUCAAGUGCCUUCAGGAUUGUUGAUGUAUAUGUAAUAUUGGAACAUGAUGACAGUGACUGGGGGAGGGGAAAAAAAAAAAAAAGCAAAGCUGGAAAAACAUUUUGCAUGUCUCAUUUUUUUGACUUUAGUUACCAGAAAACGAAAGGAAAAAAGAAAAAACAUUUUAUGUACUAGCACCUGAGUGCCAGCAUGUCGAUAUAUAGAGAUAAUCCUUAUAGCAUGCUUGGCUGAAUCAGUAUUUUCUCAUUUAAGGCCAGACUUACCUUUAUUUUAAAUUCAAUUUAAAUGGAGCCCGGUUUCACAAAGAGAAUAUCAAGUAAAGGUAUUAUACAAUUAACCCAAUAAAUGACUUUCAUUACUCCUUGUCUAAAUAAAGUCAUCUGUUGCACAUUAACCACUUUAUUUCUUUUAGGCUGGUCUUGUAGUUGUUUUUUUUAAAUUUCUCCUCUCUUUUGCCUCGUAAUAUAAAAAUCAGUGUAGAGCUUCCCGAAGAUUUGAUAAUCAGGUUGUUACUCCAGAUAUUUCAUACCAUUGCAUAGUAUACCCACAGUAAAUUAUAAGCCUGAUGACAACAGAUGCGUUAGUAUGUCAACUCAACACCACACAGCAG